UGGGAGCAUCGGGAGGGAGCAGGCAAGCCGGAUUCGGCCUCGCCCAGCCGCCAUGGAGGCUGCUUCAAUCUCUCGUUACGCCUCGCUCCACAUGCCAUUCCUUCCUUCCCUCCUCAAUGCCUACCUUCACUGGUGUGUUCUUGGCUGUGCCAGAGUGGACACUUCAGCACUGGCUCUGCGGCUAUGUUGAGGAGAUCAAAUUGAUGGAUCGAGGGGGCAGGAGAUGGAGGACGGCACGUGGCGGCGGGGAUGGAUGUGCCAGCGAUGGGGACGCUAUCGGGGAUCCGGCGCCAACAGGGCGCGUCACGGCUCAACGUUCCCGACGGCAGACAGGUCGCCCGCGCCCCCGUCAGGCUCCAAGACCGGCAGAAUGGCGGAAUGGCCCCGCCUCCGUCGACUGGUGUAGUUUGGACAGGAGCAAGUGCGCCAAUCCAUUCUUAUGCGGUGAGAUGCACAGGGAGGCUUGCAUCGGCAAGGCUAGCAGGAGGCCGUGCUCAGGAGGUCUGCGCGACGAAGACGUAUCUUCACCAAGGAGUUUAGAGGCAAUGCAGCAGUGAAGGCGAUGGUUGUGCCGGGUGCAGGCAGGUGCAGACGGGUAUGUUCCUUGACAGUCAAUUGCUUUUGUCCCAUCCGACUAUCAUGCAGUCUGACUUAAUUAAGAUGAGUAAUUAUUUUUCAGGGUGAAUUGAGUUUAGAUCUUUGAACAAAUGAUUGCGAUUUUGUAGCUACAGGGUGCUAUUCUUUAUUAUUACUUGGUAUGUCAGUACUUCCUACCUACUUGAAUUUCCCUAUUCCCAACUCAUGGGAUUUUUAAAUUUUGAUAUUUCCCUAAAUGAUUAUACAUAACUUCUGAUAACACAUGCCACCCAGUUUUCGUUCUCUAUAACAAUUGAGAAGUACAUAUGCACUUCCACGACAUAUAGGUUCAUAUGGAUGUCUUUGAACGAGAUAUAGGGAGAAUGAUAGGAUCAGACUAAGACAUGAAAGUCUGUGACACAAACAAAUAUACAGCAUGUACAUACUAUUCUUUCAUAGUAUAUGGCAUGUAUAAAACGUUCACAUACAAACAAAACUACCAGAAAAUAUAUUAGUAGAUGUACCACAAUUGUAGCUCAUGUACAAUCCAAAACAAAUGGUUAGUUUAAUUCAUUAAGUGGAUCCAUCAGCAGCAGCAGUAACAACUUUAAGAAGAAGCGAUUUAUCAAGUAUGUAAUCAGACAAAAUUGGGGACACAUUUACCUUCUGUGAUUUUUAACCGUCCCAUCAAUGCAUCAUGUUCAUAAAUACGUUUGUCCGUCAGGCUGGGAGUGAUGUACUUUCCUUUUCUUUUUGCUCCUUACAAGUUGCUCUUCUCCGCGCGUUUAGAAUGCACCUUCUUUCUGUUGAUGAGGUCCUGUAUGUUCCCCAUCAUCAUGAACCGUAUCUGGCAUGUUAUGGUCAGGUGUCGCGGUCUGCGAUAUUUCCUGUGGAACAAUCUUUACUAAAAUGAGUAGAAAGACAAUUAAAACCAGUGAAGAGUACCUCCAGACAUUAGAGAUUAAGAAUUGCCCCUUUGGUUGUGUCGUGCGAUUGUACCUGGACUGCAUUUGGGGAGUUAAUCGAUAGUGGAGAUGCCGCUAAGAUGGCAUCGACUGGCAUUUUUUGUAUUGGUCGUUUAUUUUUCCUUGCUAUGUUGGUGUUGCUAACAAGAUCUACCCUUUCGCAGUGAGAUCCAUACAGGGUAAGGUCGAGUGAGGCUACAAAUGUUACAGCCAUUUAGUAACAGUAGAAAAACCUCAUCAACUAUAUGUAUGCUCAUUGUGAUAAAUAAUAAGAGAUUAUGCUCGCAAUUACCUGGCAUUGGCACUGGAGUCAUUCGGGAAUGAUGAUCAACAUUAGAGAUGUCACCAAGAGGGGCUCCGUUAGAGGCAUCACCAAGAGGGGGUCGGCACAGGUUUGACGCCUCCAUAUCUUCAAGCGUUAUGCUCUGUCGGCACUCAAAAAUGAACUUAAAGAAAACAUUAGCUGAUCCAGUUAGCUUACAGAACUGCAUUCGGUUGAUGAGGAGUAAGAAACUUGUCAA